UUUCAAGUGUUGUCGUGGUCCUGUGCUCCCCUGUAUUUGGUGGUUUGGCUCCUCGGGAUGUUCUUCCUGUCCCCUCCGGACCAAGAGUCCAAAACCCAAACCCAAGCACCCAAAUCCGACCCCAAAAUGCCUGCUUCUCAGUGAUGGGAUGACGGAUGCUCCCCUCCUGCUGUAGCCCCAGCUCGCGCCGCCUCGCUUUCUCCCUUCGCGACGCCGGCAUUUCGUGGCCGGCGGCGCCGCCUUAUCCUCUGCCAUUCUUGUGGGCAAGAUAAGCAGCGGGUUGUUUUUCUUUACCGUUGUUUCUGAAGGUUUCGGGGCCAGUUCAGCCGGAUCCCGGCUCUUCGGACGCCGCCGCUCCCUCGGCCUGGUGGAGCUGGUGGAGCGGAGGGGAGGGGCGAUCCAUACGGAGGUGGCGGUUCCAUUUCUUGUUUUCCUGAUUGCCCAAGCAACUGUGGACCUGAACAGACUUCUGUGGUGCUGUUGAAGAAUUAGUGCCACUCUCCCGAUGGAUAAACAGAGGAACACCAAGAAUGGGGAAGUGGGGAACAAUGUGUUUUGCAGAAUGAUUCUUGAUCAUAUUGCUGGGGACUUAUGUCUCAAUGAGGAGAACGUGCCUUGCAAUACUCCAAGAAACUCCGUUCACUCCGCGUUUGGUGGCAGGACAGUUGCUUCUACUAGCGGCAGCUUCAAUACUGAUUCGGUGAGCCCAGGCGAGUAUGUCAGGGAUCCUGGAUCCCUACUGAGUUUACAACCGUGGAUUUUUAGAAGAAACGGCUCACAGAACUACAGGGAAAGUGUGCGCGCGAGUGGUAAAGGCAAGAAUCUGGUCGAUGUCCUUGGAGAGGGUCAAGCUGUCGAAAUCUCUCCAAGGAGCCCUUGUCUUGGUUCUGGGCCUGGAAGAGGCUGUGGAGCUCUUAGGAGCAGAAGAUCUCGUAGGAAUUUGAUGAAGCCACUUGUGCCAAUGGAAAACUCCUACGUUCCACAGCUUUACAGUGAGAACUUCGAAAUGGAAGAAUGCACGUUUGCUCCAGCUCCCUCCCCAGCUUCUACUAGGCCAUUCGUUGUGACAGACGGUACAAGGAUAAUUAGUAAAUCACGCUAUGAGCCAGUACCUCUGCCCUUUAAUAUUAGAUUAGACGAGGAAUGUAGAGGCACCUCAUUGAUGCCAGGAAGUAUGAUUGGAAUUGCUCCUCUACCUGAGCUGAAGAAACUCAAACAUGAGGCCAGAGAUUUACACGAUGCAAGGCUUGGUCUGUCUGGUUCUCAGCGAAGUAGCAAAUCGCAUGAACAAGCAGGUCUACGUGAUCGACUCCUACUAUUCUCUACUGGGGUGAGCAUCGGUAUUCUGUCAAAUAAGAAGGAAUUUGAUACAUUGAAGGGCACACUGAAACAAAUGGAGAACUUAGUUCAGGAUUUACAAGAUGAGCUGGAGAUGAAAGAGGGUUUAACUGUGAAAGAAUUACUUAAUGAAACAUCUAUCGAACAUGAUGAUGAUAAUAGCAAACUACACGGAGUUGAUCCAGAGCCAAUGAGCAAAAUUGAGGCUGAGCUUGAAGCUGAGCUAGCAAGGCUGGAACUGAAUAUCACUUCGAUAAGUUUAGAAGAAGAAACAUCUGAAAUCAAUGGGGCCGACGAUGAUUCCAUUGGUGACAUUGUUUGCGGGGAACUGAAAGCUGAUACGGUCCCUCGCGACCUCACAGAGUACAGCAGUGAAUCUGACCAUCGCAGGGACAGCAGGGAAAGCUCCCCAGGUUACACAUGUGGAGCCAACUGUCCUGUCUCGCCAAGAGAUCUCAGCAUCCGUCUUCACAAGGUGAUCCAACACAGGCUCGAAGACCGAAUCAAGGAGCUCGAGUCAGCAAUCGUGCACGGACAGAAGCAGACGCAACUGCAGAUGAUGGUGACUGACCAAAUGGUCUCCGACCGAAUACGCUCGAACAGCGAGUCAGGUUCUUCUUCAGGCCAGGGAAGUCCCAUUUUCAUACAAGAAACCAGCUCGCUGGCAGAACCGUACCGUCUAAACCUAUCUGGAGACGCGCUCGAAGCUUACGAUGAAGCUUACGAAGAGUUCAUGAGGAUCGCGGACUCCCCUUACACCACAAGUCCAAACGGGAAGCCACAGGCAACCGAAGAUUGCUUGGCAGACCGUGGUCUAGUCUGGGGAAUGGAGGACAGCUCUAGGAAGCUGAGAGAAGUGCCCACCUGGGAGAGAGCUCUAAGGAGUGCAGAUCCUAGCAGAGAUCACGAGCGCGAUAGGGAUGAGUCAGGUGGCGACGACGACGAUGACGACUGUGAAGUGCUGAUCCGGCAGAUCGUAGAGAGAACUAGACAAGGUUCACAUGUACUCGUUAACGCCCAGAAACUUCUGUUUUCUGUGGACCAAUAGUCCACUGCACUAUACACCAUUGCUUUUUGAGAGAUAUAUAGCUUGUAUGUAGUGUCGAAUUAUUGUUGAGAAAAAAGGGAAUUGUUGAUUGUUUUGAGGCUUCUUCA